AUGGAAUUAAUACCAAUAUUAUUUCAAAUGUACGAGAUUUGGCCGUUGACACAUCAUAGUCACGAUGACUCAACUAAUUGGUUGAAUUCUCCCGGUGACAACUAUUCGUUAUCUUCAGGUAAAGAAUCGGAUGAACGAAG